AUGGUUGCCGUCACUGUAUAUUUAGCUGCGAUUGCCAUCGGUCUCACCGUAGCCUUUUUCAAAUUCAUCUACCGUCGAAGACGCCCUAACGAGCCCGAAAUCGUACCUGGCAACCUUUUAUGGGGAAAUGGAGCAGAAUUUGCGGAACAUGCUGUCAACUUUUUACAUCGAUGUCAGAAGAAGUUUGGAGAUAUAUUUACCAUUCGACUACUUAAUCAGUACAUUACAUUAGUUCUUGAUCCACAUUCUUAUGAAAACCUGGCCCGGGAGAAGGUGUUCGAUUUUGAUCCAAUCCAGCGACAAGUCAAUCACAAUGUAUUUAAUUUUGAGUUGAUUGACGCUAGGAAGAUGUUAUCUGAAGCUGGAAAGAAGGUUAAUGGUCGGUUUUUGACCACUGGUAUGAGAAAUUUCGCAGAUAACCUGAAGAACGCCUUUGCAAAAGUAUCAACAGUUGAUGAAAAUGGCAACAUUUAUCAAACCAUUGGUGACAACUGGGGCCAGGAUGGACUUCGAGAUCUGACCUCAAAAACGCUCUUUUCUGCCCUGUUUUACACAAUUUUCGGACAGGGAGAUGCAAUAGAGACUUUUGAGCCUCAGACCUUUUACAAGAACUUCGACAGCUUCCACAAAUACUUCAAUUAUUUAUGGUUGGGAUUACCAGUCAAGUUGUUCCCAAAAGCCACAGCAGCAUUGAACGUAUUGAGUCAGCAACCAACUUCUGAUGAAAUGUUAAAAAGACCUGGUGUAUCAGACUACAUCAAAUUCUCCACAGAAUUCAUGAAAGCUAACAACCAAUCUGAACAAGAUAUUGUCGGUCACAACUUGGUCUUUCUUCACGUCAACUACAACACAUUUCGUCUGGCAUUUUGGGUUUUGUAUCAUAUCCUGGACGAUAGAGCAACUUUUAUGGCAUUACAUAAAGAAGUUCAAGAUCUGGUUGAAAGAAAGACAGAGACAGCAACGGAAAAUGGUCCUCUUGGAAUCAGCAUUGAAGAAUUUGAUAAACUUCCUAUUUUAGACAGUAUAAUCCGUGAAACAUUGAGAGUAACAAGUGGUGUGUUUAUGGUAAGAUAUAUUACCCAAGAUGUAGAAUUUGAAAUGGACAAUGGAGACAAAGCUCUGAUGAGAGAAGGUGAUAGAGUAGCAAUGUAUCCACCAGCUAUCCACAAAGACCCAGAAAUAUUUGAAGACCCCGAGAUUUUCAAACACGACAGAUUCGUUGACGCCAAAUUUUACAAAAAUGGAAAAGAACUGAAAAACCCUUUGGUCGCCUUUGGUUCUCUCUGUCCUGGUAAAAAAUAUUCUUUGCUUCAAACAAAAUGGUUUUUAGUCAAUUUAAUGAACUCUUUUGAUGUGAGACUAGUAGAAGGUCAAAAAACAGAAUGUGAUGUCAAUUAUUAUGGCCACGAAAUUUUACCACCAACCAAUGAUGUUCAAGUUCAGUACCGUCUUAAAGAAAAAUUUCAAGAAUUAGACUUUUUAGCCAGACGUCAGUGUUGA